AUGUGUAUCGUUAUUAAUAUAUAUAUUUUUGUUAUUUGUCUAAUUUAUAUAAGACCGAAUUUUAGCCAAAUUACGAGUGAAUAUGAAGGAUAUGCCGAAAUUUGUGAAAAGCCAGCCAAUGAAAAUGAAUCGAGCGUAUACUGCAUGAAGGAUCAUAAAAGGAAAAAUUCAAAAUAUGUUUAUAAACAUAUAGUGAGGAUGUUUUUUGAAAAACAUACUUUAAAUAAUAAUAAAAUAGCCUUAAUAGAACAUGAAUGUGGGGAACCUCAAAAUUAUAUGACUUAUGGAAAUUUUUUUAAAAAAAUAUUAUCGUUCAGUAAUUCUUUGAAUAAACAUGAGGUCUUUAAUAUUCCAGAAAAAACAUAUAACGAAGAAAUGAAUAAUGGUAAAUUUAAGUUAUUAGGUUUAUAUGGUAGUAAUUCUAUAAAUUGGCUAGUUGCCGAUUUGGGGGCUAUGAUUAGUGGAGUUACUACUUUAGUGAUGCAUUCGAAAUUUAGUAUAGAUGUAAUUGUAGGUAUAUUAAAUGAAACAAAAUUGGAAUGGUUAUGUUUAGAUUUAGAUUUAGUUGAAGGUUUAAUGGCGCGUAGAAAUGAAUUACCACACUUGAAAAAUCUUAUAAUUUUAGAUACUAUAGCUAAACAAGGUAUAAUAAAUUCAAAUAAUGAAAAGGAAAAAAAAAAGUGUAAUUUAAAAACGAACGGGAAUUUAUAUAAUGAAAAAGGAAGUGAAUUAUCGAAAAUAUCGGAGGAUAUAAGGUUGAGUCCAAGUGAAUGUGAUAAAAUAAAAUUACAAAUGUUUAAUGCUUUAAAAGAAAAAUUUCAUAAUUAUGUGGAAAAAAUAUUACUGUUUGAUGAUAUGACAAAUAGUGAAAAUACAAAAUUUAAUAUUAUAAAUGAGGAUCCUAAUUUUAUUGCCUCUAUUGUAUAUACAUCUGGAACAUCUGGGAAACCCAAAGGUGUUAUGUUGAGCAAUAAAAAUUUAUUUAAUGAAUUAUAUUCCUUAUUCAAUCAUAGUAUAAGAGAAAGAUAUAGUUUUCAAUAUCAUUUAUCGUAUUUACCAAUAUCACAUGUAUAUGAAAGAACGUUUUCGUAUUGUAUUAUAUUGUUUGGUGGAACACUAAAUAUAUGGAGUAAGGAUCUAAGUUAUUUUUCCAAAGAUAUAUUUAAUUCAAAAGAUUUUAUAAUGGGAGGAGUACCUAAGGUUUUUAGUAGAAUUUAUACUAAUAUUAUGACAGAAAUUAAUAAUUUACCACCUAUUAAAAGAAGCAUUGUAAAAAAAGUAAUAUCCCUACGUAAAUCUAAUAAAAAUGGAUGGUUAGAUAAAUUUCUUGAAAGUAUUUUUCAUGUAUCGCAUAAAAUAAAAGAGAAAAUAAAUCCAAAUUUAGAAAUUAUAUUAAAUGGUGGUGGAAAGUUAUCAGGAGAUGUUGCCAAGGAAUUAUGUACUUUAUUAAACAUCAAUUAUUGUCAAGGUUAUGGAUUAACCGAAACUGCAGGUGCUAUUUUUGGUACCAAUGAAGGAGAUUCCGAUUUUGAAUCUAUAGGAGGACCUAUUUCUCCUAGUACAAAAUAUAAAGUAAGAUCAUGGGAAAAAUAUAAAGCUACGGACACUUUACCAAAAGGAGAAUUAUUAAUUAAAAGUGAUUCUAUAUUUAAAGGAUAUUUUUUAGAAAAGGAAGAUACAAAAAGAUGUUUUACUCACGAUGAUUAUUUUAUAACAGGGGAUGUGGUUCAAAUUAAUAAGAAUGGUUCUUUAACAUUUUUGGAUAGAUCAAAGGGUUUGGUUAAAUUAUCUCAAGGAGAAUAUAUAGAAACGGAUUUAUUGAAUAAUCUAUAUUCACAGAUUUCUUUUAUAAACAGUUGUGUUGUUUAUGGUGAUGAUUCAAUGGAUGGUCCACUGGCCAUUAUUUCCGUAGAUAAAAGUUUAUUUUUCAAAAGUUUAAAAGAUGAUAAUAUGUUAGAACAAUGUGGUGUUAGCGAGAACAAUUAUGUGGAUAAACUAACUGACGAUAACAUAAAUAAAAAUAUUUUUGUUGAUUAUGUUAAAGAAAAAAUGUUAGAAGUUUAUAAAGAAACAAAUUUAAAUAGAUAUAAUAUUAUUAAUCACAUAUUUAUAACUUCAAAAACAUGGGACACGAAUAAUUACCUUACUCCAACAUUUAAGGUAAAAAGAUUCAAUGUAUUUAAAGAGUAUGCAUUCUUCAUUGAUGAGGUUAAAGAAAUAUAUAAAAAUAAAUUAAAAGGAACUACUAGAUCAAGUAGUAUUAAUGAUAAAAUUGUUGAAAAAAAGGAUGGAAAAAAUUCUAAAGAAACAUUUCCCAACAGUGAACAUAAUAAUUUACACAAGUCAAAACGAAUGUAUCCUGAAAACAAAUUGGAAAAAAUGGAAGAAAUCACUGAAAAUAAAAAAGUUAAAUUAAGAGCUACAAAUCUAACGCAAGAAAAGGAACAAAAUAAUUGA